CCAGCGCAUAGUGGCAGAGUCAGACCGGAUGAUCUGCCUCCCUCGCGUCCAGCAGUUCUAGAACACAGCGUGGGGGGAGGAGGGACAGUGGGCACCGGAAUGGUCACGGGGCUCUAGAACCAAGAGGCAAUCGGGAGGAAUGAGGCUAAGGGUCACCAGCUGACAAAUACCCUGGGUCAUGGUCUCCAGGCCUAUCACCAUCCUGUCCUGGACCCUUCAGCUCAUCAGCAUCCUUACAGGCCAGACUGGGGACAGGAUGUUGGUCCGCUGCUCCUCAUCUUCCAUAGGCUCCCAGGGGAGGCCUUUUCCAGACGGAUCGCGCACUGCCGGGGGACGCGUUUCCGGCCGGACCGCCUCCCCACAGCUGGAAGUGAGCAGCUGCACUCCGGGAGGGCUGCCGGACAACCGGGGCAGCAUGGAGGGGGCGGCGUCCCCGGAGGAGCCCGAGGCCCCCGAGCGGCGGCGGAAGGCGCACGGGAUGCUGAAGCUGUACUACGGCCUCCCCGAGGCCGAGGGCGCGGCCCCAGGGGCGACUCCCGACCCGCGGGACCCCACGGACCUCAACGGCGCGCACUUCGACCCGGAAGUGUUCCUGGACAAGCUCAGGAAGGAGUGUCCCCUGGCCCAGCUGAUGGACAGCGAGACGGACAUGGUCCGGCAGAUCCGCGCCCUGGACAGUGACAUGCAGACGCUGGUCUACGAGAACUACAACAAGUUCAUCUGUGCCACUGACACCAUCCGCAAGAUGAAGAACGAUUUCCGGAAGAUGGAGGAUGAGAUGGACCGCCUGGCCACCACCAUGGCGGUCAUCACCGACUUCAGCGCCCGCAUCAGCGCCACGCUCCAGGACCGCCACGAGCGCAUCACCAAACUGGCAGGUGUCCACGCUCUGCUGAGGAAGCUCCAGUUCCUUUUUGAGUUGCCUUCACGCCUCACCAAGUGUGUGGAGCUGGGGGCCUACGGGCAGGCCGUGCGGUACCAGGGCCGGGCCCGGGCAGUACUGCAGCAGUACCAACACCUGCCCUCCUUCCGAGCCAUCCAGGACGACUGCCAGCUCAUCACCGCCCGCCUGGCCCAGCAGCUGCGCCACAAGUUCAGGGAUGGGGGCGCAGGGGCCCCGGAGCUGGCCGAGUGUGUGGAGCUGCUUCUGGCCCUGGGUGAGCCUGCCGAGGAGCUGUGUGAAGAGUUCCUGGCCCAUGCCCGGGGGCGCCUGGAAGGCGAGCUGGGCAGCCUGGAGGCCGAGCUGGGCCCUUCACCCCCAGCCCCCGAUGUGCUGGAGUUCACUGACCGCGGUGGCAGCGGCUUUGUGAGUGGGCUCUGCCAAGUGCUGGCAUCCUACCAGGAGCUCUUCUCUGCCCAGGGGCCGGCAGGCGUGGAGAAGCUAGUGGCCUUCACCCGAGAGCUGGGCAACCGCUACUUUGCUCUCGUGGAGAAGCGGCUGGCGCAAGAACAGGGCAGUGGGGACAAUUCCCUCCUGGUACGGGCCCUGGAUCGGUUCCACCGGCGCCUGCGGGCCCCGGGCACCAUGCUGCCCGCGGCGGGGCUGACCGAGGCAGCCACUGAGAUUGUGGAGCGGGCAGCCCGGGAGCGGCUGGGCCAACACCUGCAGGGCCUGUGUGCCGCCUUCUCGGACUGCCUGACGGAUGUACGUCAGGCCCUGGCUGCCCCACGACUGGCGGGCAAGGAGGGCCCGGGCCUGGGGGAGCUGCUGGCCUCCGUGUCCAGCGCCAUCCUGGGCCACAUCAAGGCUUCCCUGGCCGCCGUGCACCUCUUCACUGCCAAGGAUGUGUCCUUCUCCAACAAGUCUUACUUCAGGGGCGAGUUCUGCAGCCAGGGUGUUCGAGAGGGCCUCAUCGUGGGCUUCAUUCGCUCCAUGUGCCAGACUGCCCGAGGCUUCUGCGACAGCCCUGGUGAGAAGGGAGGGGCCACCCCCCCAGCCCUGCUCCUGCUGCUCUCCCGGCUCUGCCUGGACUAUGAGACCUCCGCCAUCUCCUACAUCCUCACCCUCACUGAUGAGCAGUUCCUUGGGCAGGACCAUUCCCCCGUGACCCCCGUGAGCACCCUGUGUGCAGAGGCAAGGGAGACAGCGCGCAGGCUGCUGACCCACUAUGUGAAGGUCCAGGGGCUGGUGGUGUCCCAGAUGCUCCGCAAGAGUGUAGAGACCCGUGACUGGCUCACAACACUGGAGCCACGCAACGUGCGGGCCGUCAUGAAGCGUGUGGUGGAGGACACAACUGCCAUUGAUGUACAGGUGGGGCUUCUGUAUGAAGAAGGCGUGCGCAAGGCUCAGAGCAGUGAUUCCAGCAAGAGGACCUUCUCAGUGUACAGCAGCUCGAGGCAGCAGGGCCGCUAUGCGCCCAGCUACACACCCAGUGCCCCAAUGGACACCAAUCUCCUGAGCAACAUCCAGAAGCUCUUCUCUGAGCGCAUUGAUGUCUUCAGCCCCGUGGAGUUCAACAAGGUGUCUGUCCUCACGGGGAUCAUCAAGAUCAGCCUGAAGACCCUGCUGGAGUGCGUGCGGCUGCGCACCUUUGGCCGCUACGGCCUCCAGCAGGUGCAGGUGGACUGCCACUUUCUGCAGCUUUACCUGUGGCGCUUCGUGGCUGACGAGGAGCUUGUGCACCUGCUGCUGGAUGAGGUGGUGGCCUCCGCCGCUCUGCGCUGCCUCGACCCUGUGCCCAUGGAGCCCAGCGUGGUGGAGGUCAUCUGUGAGCGGGGCUAGCUGGCCUUCCCUGAUUCACUCAGCCUGGCCCGGCCCUGGCCGGCCACCUCCCCUGGCCAGGCCCCGGGUGUCUGUUCUCCCUCCGGUGAUGCGGCCAUUCACUCUUCUUCUCUCAGAGUCUGCCCACCUUCCUCCCUUCUCCCCAUCAAUAAAAAAAUGUAUUGUCCA